AUCAAUGGCUGCCAGGCAGGAAUAACUUCAUUCUGAUUCACUCAAGUGAUUGUCUCUCAAACGAUCUUAGUUAAUUCCAGCAACUUCAUUCUCAGAUGCCGAGUGCCUGCCUCACAUACUGAUAUGGAGGCGCUAAACCUCGGAGAGCCCAAUCUGCAGAACCUUAGCGGCGGGGAGAACCGGGAGGUAGACACCCGCCCCCCUAAGCACCCGACAGCCUCAAAGAGUCCCAGCAGCACUACUGCUAGCACCACAUCCGGCCAGGGUGUGUCACAGAACACCCUACCUAUCCCUAUCCCAUCCAAGGACCACCGUACCCCCAUCCAGGACGUCAUUCAACCCGAGAGCCCCAUGCUGGUCACCCCCCGCCGCCCACUGGGUGAGAACUGGCAGACCAAAGGGGCCACAGUGCGGGAGCGCAACGCCUACUUGUUCAACAAUGACCUGAUGAGCGACGUCAAGUUCCUGGUGGGGCCCAAGAGUGGGGCACAGCGGGUGCCGGCCCACAAGUACAUCCUGGCAUCUGGUAGCUCGGUCUUCUUUGCCAUGUUCUACGGAGACCUGGCUGAGAACCAGACCGAGAUUGUCAUCCCUGACGUGGAGCCGCAGGCCUUCCUCACCUUGCUUAAAUACCUCUACUGUGAUGAGGUGGACCUUACACCAGAUAAUGUUCUGACAACCCUCUACGCAGCCAAGAAGUACAUAGUGCCUCACCUUGCCCAGGCCUGCGUCAGCUUCUUAGAGCGCAGCUUGAGUGCCAGGAAUGCCUGCGUUCUGCUCAGCCAGAGCCAUCUCUUUGAGGAGCCUGACCUGAUGCAACGCUGCUGGGAAGUCAUCGAUGCCCAAGCCGAGGUGGCGCUGGCAUCCGACAGCUUCCUAGAGGUCGACCAUAAGACCUUAGAGAGCAUCCUGAUGCGGGAGACGCUCAACGUCAAGGAGAUAGUGCUCUUCCAGGCCGUCUCGAGGUGGGCUGAUGCCGAGUGCAAUCGGAAAGGGUUGCACCCCAACCCCGAGAACAAGCGCAAAGUGCUGAGUAAAGCCCUGUAUCUGGUCCGCAUCCCCACCAUGCCGGUGGGAGAGUUUGCCAACGAAGCAGCCCAGUGUGGCCUGCUGACCCUCCAAGAAACCACCGACGUGUUCCUCCACUAUAUGGCCAACACCAAACCCAAACUCCAGUUUGUCUCCAUGCCCCGCAAGGGCCUGCGUACCUGCAAAGUCCACCGUUUCCAGUCCUCGGCCUAUCGUAGCAACCAGUGGCGCUACCGGGGCCGUUGCGACAGCAUCCAGUUUUCCGUGGACAAGCGUGUCUUCAUUGCGGGCUACGGGCUCUACGGCUCCAGCUCCGGAGCCGCUGAUUACAGCAUCAAGAUCGAACUGAAACGGAGCGGCAAGGUCCUUGGAGAGACGCAGACCAAGUUCUUCUCUGAUGGCUCCAGUUGUACCUUCCCCGUCAUGUUUCCUAACCCAGUGCAGGUUGAGCCCCAUGCCUACUACACGGCCAGUGUGAUACUGUGCGGCUCGGAACUGAGCUACUUUGGCCAAGAGGGCCUGACAGAGGUCACCGACCACGCAGUGACCUUCCAGUUCCAAUGCUCACCGGAGAGCACCAAUGGAACUGGUGUCCAGGGAGGCCAAAUCCCUGAAUUGAUCUUCUAUGCAUAAUUUAUUACACAAACUCAAAAACUGUUAUUAAUCUUAAGGCAUCUUGUUGAAUGAAUUGGUUUUUUUUUUAUAAUUUACUAUGACUACAUGAAUGAGUUGUAUUUGCGCACAUGUAUGCUGUAUUUUACCAUGUAUGUCGUUUUACCAUGAGCAAGUUCUAGGUAAUUGGAAUUGAAAUGGAAAAAAAAACAAGUCACUAUUUGGAAAAAUUCCGUAGUUGUACAUGUAUAUCAAAGCUCCUCCUGGCAUGCUGUAUUCUCAAUAAAUGUACAUGGAUAGUAUGUUGAUGUAAAUGACACCUCGCAUGUUAAUGUACAUGUACAUGUGUAGCUAGUCACAUAGGAAUUCCGCAGUUAAAAUGAGAUGAUUAGGCUAUGCACUUGUACAAACAAGCAUCGUUGGUUCAUAAAUCUGCAUGCCAUUUCAAAGUUUGCUAAAAAAAAAGUCAAUGCGCAGCUAGCCCAGUAAGCACCUUUUAAGCCAAGAUUGAACGAUCCAAGAUAUGUAAUUUUUAAGUACAUACAUGUACAUUGUUCAUGCACCGGUAGUAGUUAUACAUGUACACCGUAAAAUCAAGUACAAUGUACAUGCAGUUGACUAGUUUCAGUGUGAAUUGUCACUUUCGUGUACCAUAUACCAGAAUACGCAAACUAAGACACGUAUUUAAGUCCAAUAUUUAAUCCUUAUUUAAAAGAUGCAUUCGAGUAGCUCACCCGUAUCGACUGGGGUAAAACUAGACAGGUUAGCCACGACAGCCUAGCCGGGCUAAUCGAAUGCUCAACCACGGCCAUCACGAUCCCCAUUGUGACACCCGUAAAACUCAAAAAAGUUUUGGGCUGGAGUUAGAGCCUCUAAAGUCGCAAUGAACUCAAUAAAAAUGUACCUUUAGAUUUCAAAUAAA